AUGGAGAAUGGGACAUCAUUUAAAGAAUUCCAUAUCUUGGCGCUUCCAAAUAAAUUGGAUAAGAGCGCAUUCUCUGUUUUCUUUUUCUUGAUAUACUUCAUUAGUGUGGUACUAAAUCUAAUGUUACUCAUGGUAAUAUAUUCAGAUGUGCACCUUCACACACCCAUGUACCUAUUUCUCUGCCAUUUGUCCUUUGUUGACAUUUGUUACACAACCACUACGAUUCCAAAACUUCUGCAUAUGUUGCUUUCUGGAAAUAACACAGUGUCCUUUAUACAAUGUUUUUCCCAGAUGUUCUUUUAUUUUUGGGGUGCCUGCAUUGAAGUUAACCUUCUCCUAGCCAUGGCCUAUGACCGUUACAUUGCUAUAUGUAAGCCUUUACGCUACGCCGAGAUAUUGAAUAAAAGACGAUGCGUCCUGCUCAUGGUGGGCAUCUGGGGAAUUGCACUUUUAAAUUCACUGUUCAUAACAGUUUCUGCAUCCUUCACACCUUUGUGUUACUCGCCCACUAUCAAGCAAUUCUACUGUGAUUUCAAGGCAGUCAUCAAGUUAUCUUGCCCUGGGAACUUUUUUCUGUUUGUGAUAUUUGUGGAAAUGAUUGUAUUUGGAUUUUGCUCUUUUGCCUGCAGUUUAGCAUCUUACAUCAAGGUUGCCAAAGUUAUCUUGGCCAUGACAUCCAAGGACGGAAGGAGGAAAGCUUUCUCCACUUGCUCAUCUCACAUCAUGGUCCUUAGCAUUUUCUAUGGUACUUCUGUCCUUGUGUACAUGAUUCCUCCAUCUGCCAACUUAGAAGUCUUGGAAAGGUCAUGUACUAUAUUCUACACAGCCGUGACUCCUAUGUUGAACCCUCUGCUGUACAGUUUACGGAACAAAGAUGUCAAAAGAGCUUUGAUGAGGUUAUUCAAUAAAUGUGUUUCAUACUUUGAGUACAGAUAA